AUGUGGAGGCGGCGGCAUAGGUUGCCAUCGCUGCCGACUUCGUCCGCUUGGUGCAGGCGCUGCGCGGCAGGCGACAGCGCUGUCCUGUCGUUGCUUUUGCUGCUGGCGGGGCCGCUCAGUGCCUUCAACCUGGAUGAUGAGAAGCCCGUCGUCUACAGCGGUCCCGAUGGCAGUUACUUCGGAUACGCGCUGGAUUUUUACAGCCCUGCACCGAAUGCAGUAAGUGUCCUAGUUGGAGCUCCUAAAGCCAACACAACCCAGCCAGACAUAGUGGAAGGAGGAGCCGUCUACUAUUGCCCUUGGCCAGCUAUGGAGUGCAAACAGAUCCCUUUUGAUAAUAAAAACAACAGGAAAAUCAAAGUCAAUGGUACAAGAGAACCUCUUGAAUUUAAAUCAAAUCAGUGGUUUGGAGCAACAAUUAGAACUCAUAAAGAAAAAGUUAUAGCUUGUGCUCCCUUAUAUCACUGGAGGACUCUGAAGGCUGCACCUGAAAAAGAUCCAGUGGGCACCUGCUAUGUUGCUAUUCAGAAUUUUACUACCUAUGCAGAAUAUUCUCCUUGUCGCAACAACAACCCAGAUCCUGAGGGGCAAGGUUACUGUCAAGCAGGAUUCAGCUUAGAUUUUUAUAAGAAUGGAGAAUUCAUAUUAGGAGGGCCUGGCAGUUUUUACUGGCAAGGUCAGGUUAUCACCAGCAACAUUGCAGAUGUUAUCACAGAUUAUUCCUUCAAGAAUAUUCUAAAGAACCUAUUACAGGAAAAGCAAACUGGAGUGGCCCCAUCUAUAUAUGAUGAUAAUUAUUUGGGUUACUCAGUGGCUGCUGGUGAAUUUACUGGAGAUCUUCAUGAAGAGCUGGUAGCUGGAGUUCCAAGAGGUGCAAAGAACUUUGGCUAUGUCACAAUCAUAAAUUCCACAGAUCUGACCUUUAUUCAGAAUUUCACUGGCAAGCAGAUGGCAUCUUACUUUGGAUAUACAAUUGCUGUGUCAGACAUUAACAACGAUGGUAAGGACGACAUCUUAGUUGGUGCUCCUCUCUUUAUGGAACGUGAAUUUGAGAGCAACCCUAAAGAGGUUGGACAGGUGUAUCUAUAUCUGCAAGAGGCUGUCUUGUCUUUCAAGGAAGCACAGACACUGUCUGGCACUGAGGCUUUUGGUCGAUUUGGCAAUUCUAUUGCGCCCCUGGGAGAUCUCAAUCAGGAUGGUUAUAGAGAUGUCGCCAUAGGCGCUCCAUUCGCAGGAGAAGAUCAGAGGGGGAGGGUAUUCAUCUACAAUGGAGACAGAAAUGGGUUAAAUCCUAACCCUUCCCAGAUUCUCAGUGGCCUAUGGGCCUCCCAAUCUAUGCCUGCAGGAUUUGGAUUUACCUUGAGAGGAGACUCAGACAUAGAUCAAAAUGAUUAUCCAGAUCUAAUUGUUGGUGCAUUUGGAGUUGGAAAGGUAGUUGUUUACAGAGCAAGACCAGUUGUGACGAUAAAUGCUCAGCUUCUUCUCUCCCCAAUGAUUGUAAAUCCAGAAAAUAAAACCUGUGAGCUUCCUGGUUCUAUGACCUUAGUGGCCUGUUUUACUGUAACAGUUUGUGCAGAUUUUCAAAGUCCAGGUUUUUCAGAUAAAAUAGUUCUGAAAGCUGAACUACAGUUAGAUUCACUAAAAACCAAAGGAGCUGUUAAGAGGACUCUCUUCCUUGAUUAUCAUCAGUCACAGCAUGUCUUCUCCUUCAUGAUAACUACACAGAAUUGGCUCACUUGCAAGGACUUUGUGGUUUAUCUUAGAGAUGAAACUGAAUUUAGAGAUAAAUUGUCUCCAAUCAAUAUUAGCUUGAACUAUAAACUGGAUGGAUCCACAUUUUCUGAUGCAUUAGCUGUGAGCCCAAUAUUGAACUAUUAUCAAGAAAACAGAAUGGAGGAAGAGGCAUACAUUCUUGUGGAUUGUGGAGAAGACAACGUGUGCAUUCCUGACUUGAAACUUUCCGUUAUGCCAGAUAGGGAUCAGAUUGUAAUUGGGGAAGAAAACUAUCUCAUGCUUACAAUCAAUUCAAGAAAUGAAGGAGAAGGUGCCUAUGAAGCCGAGCUGCAUAUAACAAUACCCCCAGAAGCAGAUUACACAGGUGUUGAGCGGAAUAACAAGGCACUACGUGUGCUGAGCUGUGAUUAUAAGAUGGAAAAUGAAACUAGAACAGUGAUCUGUGAUCUUGGAAAUCCCAUGGCAGCUGGAACAAAUUUUUCUGCAGGCAUCAGAUUUACUGUUCAGCAUUUUGAAAAUCCUGAACUGAGCGUUGAAUUCAAGCUCCAAAUGCAAAGUUCCAACAAAGUUAAUCCCAACAGUAAUUUGGUUGAACUUAAGAUUGACAUCAGUGCAAUAGCUCAUGUACAGAUCAGAGGAGUCUCUCAUCCUCCACAAAUUGUGUUGCCAAUUCAUAACUGGAAACCAAAAGAUGAACCUACCAAAGAAGAUGAGAUUGGACCUUUAGUGGAACAUAUAUAUGAGUUGCACAACAUUGGGCCAAGUGCUAUCAAUGAUACAGUUUUGUAUAUGGAAUGGCCAGUAUUGAGCAAAACAGAAUUCCUUCUUUACAUCCUCCACAUUCAGACACAUGGACCUCUGAAGUGUCAAACAAGUUCUGCAAUUAACAGUUUGGAAGUAAAGUUUACUGUCCCAGAAGACACUCCAGAGCUUGCUGCUUUUUUACGAAAUUCUUCCAUCCCUCACUCUGUUGGACGGAGGGAAGCCAAAUUGGUGGAGUAUGAAAAAGACUCUGCAAAAAUUCUGAACUGCACAAAUGUCGAAUGUUUAAUGAUCACCUGUUCUGUGGGGCUCUUGGAAAAAGGGAAAAGUGCUGCAUUGAAAAUCCGAUCUCGUUUAUGGGCUUCAACAUUUCUACAGAGGAAAAAUUACCGCUAUGCUCUUUCCAUCAGUGUGUCAUUUGAAGUAAAGAAGAUGCCAUACAAAGUUCAGCCAGCAAAACUUCCUGAAGGAAGCAUAGCUAUAAAAACAUCUGUUAUUUGGGCUACUCCAAAUGUUUCCUUUAUAAUCCCAUUGUGGGUUAUAAUAUUGGCAAUACUUCUUGGACUACUGGUUCUGGCUAUGUUGACCUUAGCUUUAUGGAAGUGUGGGUUUUUUGACAGAGCCAGGCCUCCUAGAGAUGACAUGGCUGAAAAAGUGCAUCUAACAAAUGACAAGACUACUGAUACAUAGAAAAUGAGUGUCCAGAUCAAGAGUUGGGUUCAUAUUACCAGGAACCUUAAUUUGGAUCAAGAUUGCCAAAUAGCUGUAAUUGGACCUAUGCAAAUAUUCUUCAUAUUCAGAACAUAGAUGACAGAAAACACUACUGCCUCAGAAUUGAUGAGCAACCUUC